UAGCAGCAAAGGGACUUGCGAGAGCACGGAAACCGGGAACGUGGAGUGAAGGGGUAUACCGUAGGUGACGUAAGAUAUCACAUACCCCUGGACAGGUUUUCAUUGCUCGAUUUAUCCCCUGCAGAAAGAGAGGAGGCGCCGACAACGGCGGCGUUCGUCGGCAGCUUUCCGGAAACGUACCGUCUCAUCAUAUUUGCGUCCUCUUCGUCGUGGACAAACGGAGCUUUGACUAUCGGUCCACGGGGUGUGGUAUUUUGUGUCACCGACGGUAGUCUAGGUGUAGACGUCAGGCAUGGCGUCAGGCAUGGCGUGCCUGCAGUUCGGGACGGAUGCAUUCGGAAAAGAAAUCCUUGAGCUUGUGCCGGCCACCCCCGCUGCCGCACCUUCUGAAACCGUCGCUAUUGCUAUAACGGCGGCGCCAUCGAUCGGAGAUAGGGAUCAGGACGAUCACGAGCGUGCAGCAGGCGGCGCAACAGAGGCCGCAGCAGCAGCGUGCUUAGGGGAGGGGGGCGAAAGCAUGCCCUACAAGGGUGAAAAUACCAUCGUUAUGAUGGAGUGGGAAAAGCCAUACAUGCGAGCGCUUGUGGACGCCUUGGCAAUAACUGAGGAAAGCCGAGUGCUUGAGAUAGGGUACGGCAUCGGAUACAGCGCGGAUCGGAUCCAGGAAUUUUCACCCCGAUCCCACACCAUCAUCGAGCCGGACCCGGUCGUUCUCGCCAGAUUAAGGGGAUGGGCGGCUGCACGCCCGGGGGUCCGGAUCGUCGAGGGUUUUUGGCAGACGGCCCUGGCGACGCUGGGAGAGUUCGAUGCCGUGUUCUUCGACGAUUUUCCUCUGCCGGACACCCCCGAUUCGUCCGAUUUGAGAGGCCCCGCGUCGCGAUGGCACGCUUUCAUAGACCUGUGCGCUGCCCACCACCUCCCAGUCGGUGGCCGAAUAACAGGGUAA